AUGAACAUCGACGACACGCUGAGUACAGUUUCGUCGUCGAGCGUCAAGAAGACAGUAACGUCUGGCUCGAAGCGAAAAUUACAUGAAGAGGAAGCUGCCUUGGCCAGCACGGCAUCCGUUGCCUUGACCAGCACGGCAAAGUACAAGGGAGUUGUUCAGCAGCAGAACAGGCAUUGGGGUGCGCAGAUUUACGCCGACCACAGGCGAAUAUGGCUCGGCACGUUCAAAACGGCCGCGGAAGCAGCCAUGGCUUACGAUUCCGCCUCGAUAAAGCUGAGGAGUUCCGACGGGAACCCGCAUCGGAAUUUCCCGUGGACCGACAUCACAAUCCACGAACCAGACUUCCAAGAAUGUUACACUGCAGAAGCUGUCCUGAACAUGAUCAGAGACGGUUCUUAUCAGCACAAGUUCCGGGAUUUUCUCAGAAUCCGGUCCCAGAUCGUGGCGAAUAUCAACGUCACGGGAUCGAAAGAAACCAACAAAUGUUUCGCCUGCACGCAGCUUUUUCAGAAGGAGUUAACCCCGAGCGAUGUCGGGAAACUCAACAGGCUUGUGAUACCAAAGAAGUACGCAGUCAAGUACUUGCCUUACAUCUUUAGCGAGGACGAGAGAGAAGACGUCGGCCUCGUUUUCUACGACAGAGAGAUGAGGCAGUGGAAGUUCCGGUAUUGUUACUGGAGGAGCAGCCAAAGCUUCGUUUUCACGAGAGGGUGGAGCGGUUUCGUCAAGGAGAAGAACCUCAAGGAAAAGGAUGUUAUCGUCUUUUACACUUGCGACGUCCCGAGCAACGCGAAUACAUCAUCAGAGGGCCAGAACAUGAAAUUCCUUAUGAUCGACGUUCAUUACUACGAAGAGAACGCUUUCGUCGUCACGGAUGAAGCGACGACGACGACAAGAUGCGACAAUUCAGGCGCCGAUAUGAAUUCAGGCAACGUUUUCCGGGCGAGAUUAGAUGAAGAGAUGAAGACAUCACGGGACAAAACCGGUUCAGAAUCUGGCAAUAACGACAUGGAGGAGAACAAAGGGUUUAGGUUGUUCGGUGUAAGGAUCCAAUAA